AGCCCCCCCAGGACCCCUUCCUGGACCACUCCCCGCUCCCAUAAGCGCCCCCCCCGACCCCAAUGGCCCCUGGUCCCACAGACCCCCCCGGUCCCACAGACCUCCGAGCACCCCAUACCCUCCUGACCCCAUUUGACCCCCCCAGCGUCCCAUAGCCCUCUGACCCCAUUUGACCCCCCCCAGCACCCCAUAGCCCUCUGACCCCAUUUGACCCCCCCAGCGCCCCAUAGCCCUCUGACCCCAUUUGACCCCCCAGGACCUCCCCGGCCCCAUAGGACCCUCCCAGCCACACAGAAGCCCCCGAAGUCUCCGUGACCCCACAGCCCCCACCAUUACCCCAUACCCUGGAGGACCCCCCCAGGACCCAAAGACCCCCAGCGCCCCAUACCGCGCUGACCCCACAGACCCCCCAGGACUCUCCGCAGCCCCACAGAACCUGCCCGGCCCCAUAGGGCGCCCCAUACGACCCCCCCAUAGGACCCCAUACCCCGGAGGAGCCCCACGAGCACCAGCAGCGCUGCCAACCCCAUCGCGGGAAGUGGGCGGGGCCAACGAGGGGGGCGUGAAUACCACUUUUCCCCUGAGAAGGACCUUAACCCUACCCCCGAACGUGUGAUUUUGGGGAGAAAAGCGGCGUUUUUGGGGGGGAGAAAACGUCCCAUUUGCUGGAUAAAGGUCAAUACGGCUGGGAGAAAACGCCGCAAUCUUCCAGUUGGAAAGGGCCUCCAGAGACCACUGGUAUCCUCUGAGAGCUCUGAGCUGCCGCAACAAUUGGAAGCUGGCUUCAUUUUUGGUCAUCCCCUGCAGCAGAAAAGCUCAGACAGACAAGACAACCGUGAUGCUGGAUUUCCUUUGGCUUCAAAUCUCGUUGAUGGGCCUGGAGAAGAGGAGGCGGUGUGGUGACUUCAUUGCAGCCUUCCAGUAUACAAAGGGAGCCUCCAAACAGGAGGGCAGUCGAACCUUUACAGUGGGCGUGGGAACAGAGGGCAACUCGCUGAUGGGAGUGAUGGUGUCCUGCUCGGAAGUGGAUGUGCUGGGUGGCAGAAGAGGAUUCGUGGCCGAGUGUGGAAAAUCUCUCUGCUCCUUCCUGAAGGCCGCAAUCUUCCAGUUGGAAAGGGCCUCCAGAGACCGCUGGUAUCCUCUGAGAGCUCUGAGCUGCCGCAACAAUUGGAAGCUGACUUCAUUUUUGGUCAUCCCCUGCAGCGGAAAAGCUCUAACAGACAAGACAACCGUGAUGCUGGAUUUCCUUUGGCUUCAAAUCUCGUUGAUGGGCCUGGAGAAGAGGAGGCGGUGUGGUGACUUCAUUGCAGCCUUCCAGUAUACAAAGGGAGCCUCCAAACAGGAGGGCAGUCGAACCUUUACAGUGGGCGUGGGAACAGAGGGCAACUCGCUGAUGGGAGUGAUGGUGUCCUGCUCGGAAGUGGAUGUGCUGGGUGGCAGAAGAGGAUUCGUGGCCGAGUGUGGAAAAUCUCUCUGCUCCUUCCUGAAGGCCGCAAUCUUCCAGUUGGAAAGGGGCUCCAGAGACCACUGGUAUCCUCUGAGAGCUCCGAGCUGCCGCAACAAUUGGAAGCUGGCUUCAUUUUUGGUCAUCCCCUGCAGCAGAAAAGCUCUGACAGACAAGACAACUGUGAUGCUGGAUUUCCUUUGGCUUCAAAUCUCGUUGAUGGGCCUGGAGAAGAGGAGGCGGUGUGGUGACUUCAUUGCAGCCUUCCAGUAUACAAAGGGAGCCUCCAAACAGGAGGGCAGUCGAACCUUUACAGUGCAGGGACGCUUCCUGAGGACUUGCGGUAUAUGCCGGGCGGUGGUUUGGGCACAAACUCCAUUUGAAACCUGUACACGAGGAGAAGACAGUGAGCGUUGGGACGCAGCACUCCACUAAUGGCUGUUGCUCUCUCUGAUUGCCUGCGGACAGGCACAUUUUCAUUCUGCAUUAAGGCAGCUGGUUUCUAAAGGCUGUAGCAGGGUCAGUUGGGAUAGGACCAGGGGAAAUUGUUUCAACCGGAAAGAUGGAAGAUUUCCAAUGGAUAUAAGGAAGAUGUUUUGGACAGAAAAGUGGUGAGGCACUGCAACGUCUUGCCCAGAGAGGUGGUGGCUGCCUCGACAGGCAUCCAAGGUCGGGCUGGACCAGGCUCAGAGCAGCCUCAUCUGGCGGAAAAUCCCUGCUCCCUGCAGGGAGUGCACAGUGUGGGAGUAGGUGCCCUUUCAGGAUUCCUACCAGCUCAAAUGAUUUGAUGAUUCUAUGCCGUAUGCUCGUGGGCAGGACUGGGACAGCCAUGGACACAAGGAACAAACACUACGGAAUGAGAGCUGGGCAGCUGCAGCAAGCAGCAGCUGCAGCCACCAACAUACUCACUCGGGAAAGACGACAAGGCAGCCAGAGAGCGCCAGGGAGGCCACCGGUGCCGCUCGGGACGCCACCAUGUCCAGCAGCCAGGGGGCCUGCAGGGGAGGAACAGGGAGGAUGUGAAACAUCCUUGUGACGGCUGAGGCCCUGGGGACACGAGGAGCCCAAGGCAGGGAGAGCUGACGGCCCCGCAGCACUUGCACGGCCCGAGCAGCUGGCCAGGUCCUUGUGGGCCGUGCGCGGGCACAGCAAGGGUCACGGGACUGCCCGGGCCACGCAGAAACCUACAGCUCACCUUGAGAAGAGCUCUUCUGAAUUUCUCUUUGCCUGACAGCUUCUCGAGGAA